AGGUGCGGCGCUAGCGAGGGGAGCUGCGUGCCGCGCCGCGGGAGCGAGAGGCGGGUGAGCGGGGCGCUGGGGCCGCGGCUCGUGCCCGUGCGGGCUGCUCGGAGCCGCCGCCUGGCCUCCCUCUCCCGCGGAGUGAGCGUGACACUUUGCCGCGCUCCCCGCGGGCCCGCGGUCCCUGGCAGCGGGUUGCCGCCCCGUGAGGCGCUGGGCGUUGCGGGGCGCCGGGGGGCCUGUUCCUCCCCGUUCCCCGCUGCCGCGCUGCGGACACGUGCUCGGGUGGUCGCCGAAGCGUCGAUAAUUGAAUGGAUAUUCAGAAGCAGAGCUGCUAAAACUGUCAGAAAAUGGCAUAUCGAAGAGAUGAAAUGUGGUCUGAAGGGCGAUAUGACUAUGAAAGAGUUCCAAGAGAACGUCUGCCUCCAAGGAUGCAUCCUAAUGAUAAUUACCACAGAGUAGUAAACAUUGCACCCAAGAAACCACCACUGCUUGAAAGACCAGGCGAAGGGAAUUACAGUCGGUAUAAUGAUUAUGGUCACGCUGAGUACAGAGACUAUGAAGAGGGUCGCAGUUUUGGCCAUGACCGAAGAAGUGGCCCUCCACACCGAGGUGUACGUAAGGAUGAAUCAGGAUACAGAUGGCCAAGGGAUGAUCAUCCUCUAAGUCGGCAGCCUGAAUACAGGGAUGUCAGAGAUGGCUUCAGAAGAAAAAGCCUGUAUCCGUCUCAUUACAUGAGAGAGCGAUCCCCUCAUAAGAGGGACUCUCCUCUCUUCAGGGAAUCACCAGGGAGCCGAAGGGAUUCUCCACACAGCAGAUCUGGCUCUAGUGUCAGCAGCAGGAGCUACUCUCCUGAAAGAAGCAAAUCCUAUCCUUUCCACCAGUCCCAGCAUAGCAGAAAUAUGUCAUCUUUACAUAAAAGAAAUACUUCUUCUCAGCAAGGUAAAGAGAGGGCAUCAGGUCAAUCACUGAAAACAUCAAGAGAUGCAUCACCUUCAGGCUCCAUAGCAGUACCCUCAUCAAAGGCCUCAGAUAAGAGCAGCAGACCAUCGGAAAAGGAGCUUGCAGAAGCUGCAAGCAAGUGGGCAGCUGAAAAGUCAGAGAAGGCCGAUGAAAGCAAUGUACCUGAAAUAGAGUAUGAUGCUGGAUCUUCAGCUCCAUUAUACAGCGAACAAACAGAGGAAGCAGAAACAAAUGUAACGGAUAGUACAGAAUUAUACGAGGAUGGUCAGCUUCUUGGUCGCUCAAAAGCAAUUGCAACUAAGACGAAGGAGAUUGAACAGGUCUACCGACAAGACUGUGAAACCUUUGGCAUGGUGGUGAAGAUGCUAAUUGAUAAAGAUCCGUCAUUGGAGAAGUCCAUUCAGUUUGCCCUGAGGCAGAAUUUGCAUGAAAUAGGUGAACGGUGUAUUGAAGAACUCAAACAUUUCAUUGCUCAGUACGAUGCUGCCAAUCAAGAUCUAUCAGAAUCCUUCAAAGAAGGCUCAUACUAAGGACAAAAAUAUGCUUUUAGAUCCUGUGCAUUGUGUAUGCCAUAAUACAUAAAUCUGCUUUUUGCUGGGAAAGAGGAGAUCUUGCUGGGGACUUGAACCCAAGGCCUGCGCUCCUUUGUAGUAGCUCAGGUGGCUAUAUCUUGUUCACUGUGGUCUCCACAAUUGUAUUCUUCCUACCUGUACUUGUUGACAUAUAUUCCUUUGAAAGGAUGUCCUUUUCAAAAAUGCUGUAAAGUGACAAACUAUUUUUGAAACCUUUACACAGUUACCUAGGAAAAACUGUUCAGUCUGAUGUAUGUACACUUACAUUUUGAUGUUUAUAAGUGUAACUUCAAACACUCUUUUUUAUUAAAGUAACAAAAAGCAGUUCUUCAUUCUUCAACUUACACAGAAAUAAGUCUUGUUUUCAUAUAUACUAUAGGAAAGGAAGACUUGCAAAAUUGGUAGCAACUAUGAUUUAAAUUAUUUAUUAUAGUUUAAUUUUAAACUUCAGUUUCAUUCUGUAAAAUUGCACUAGGGGUUAUCUCUAGUCUCUGACUGCCAGAGCAACUCUAGCUACUUGAUGUAAGUGCUGUACUUUUGUUCUAAUUGCAGGUUCUGCAAAUGCUGUUUAAAUUUUGGUGUUUUCCAUGUCACGAGUCAUUUCUAGUGAGCAGUAUUCAAAGAAUCACAGGAUGGUUGAUGUUGGAAGGGACCACUGAAGGUCAUGUAAUGCAACACCCCUGCUCAGGCACGGUCACCUAGAGCACAUUGCUCAGGAUUGUGUCCAGAUGGCUCUUUAAUAUCCCCAGGGAAGGAGACUCCACAACCUCUCUGGGCAACCUACUCCAAUGCUCAGUCACUCUUACAGAAAAGAAGUUCUUCAUGUUCAGGUGGAACUUCCUGGGGCUUAGUUUAUGCCCAUUGCCUCUCAUUCUAUCACUUGGCAUCACCAAGGAGAGUCUGGCCUUACCCUCUUGACAUCCUCCCUUCAGAUGCUUACACACAUUAAUCAGAUCCCCCAGGUCUUGCCUUCUCCAGGCUGUACAGGCCCAGCUCCCUCAGCCUUUCCUCAUACGAGAGGUGCUCCAGACCCUUAAUCAUUCCCGUAGCCCUUCGCUGGACUUGCUCCAGGAGCCCCAUGUCCCUUUUGUACUGGGGAGCCCAGAACUGGACACAAUACUCCAGGUUAGGCCUCACUAGGGAUGAGUAGAGGGAGGAUUACCUCCCUUAACCUGCCGGCAGUGCUUUUCCUGGUGCAGCCCAGGAUACCAUUGGCCUUCUUGGCCACAGGGGCACAUGGCUGGCUCAUGGACAACUUGUCCACCAGGAUGCCCAGGUCCUUCUCUGCAGAGCUGCUUUCCAGCAGGUCAGCCCCAGCCCGUUCUGGUGCCUGGGGUUAUUCCUCCCUAGGGCCAGGGGCAGGACCCUGCACUUGCGUUUGUUGAAUUUCCAGAGGUUCCUCUCUGCCCAUCUCUCCAGCCUGCCCAGAUCCUUCUGAAUGACAGCACAGCACCACUCUUGGGUGUCAAACACUCCUCCCAGCUUUAUAUCAUCAGCAAACUUGCUGAGGAGGCUCUAUCCCUUCAUCCAGUCGUUGAUGAGUAAGUUGAACAAGACUGGACCCUGCAUUGACCCUUGGGGGACACUGCUAGUUACAGGACUGCAACUAGACUCUGCACCACUGACCACAACUCUGAGAGAUCUGCCAUUCAGCCAGUUCUCAAUCCCCCUCAUCAUCCAUUCAUCCAGCCAGCACUUCCUGAGCUUGCCUAUGAGGAUGUCAUGGGAGACAGUGUUGAAAUCCUUGCUGAGGUCUAGGUAUGCAAUAUCCCCUGCUCUCCCCUCAUCUAUCCAGCCCGUUGUCCCAUCGUAGAAGCAAUCAGGUUGGUUAAGCACAAUUUCCCUUUGGUGAAUCCAGGCUGACUGCUCCUGAUAGCUGCCUUGUCUUCCACAUGGUUAGAGAUAGCCUCCAGGAUGAGCUGUUCCAUCACCUUACCAGGUAAGGUUGACUGGUCUGGAACUCCCAAGGUUCUCCUUGCUGUUACUGAAGACUGGGGUGACAUUUGCUUUCUUCCACUCCUCAGACACCUCUCCUGAUUGCCAUGACCUUUCAAAGAUGAUCAAGAGUUGCCUAGCAAAGAUGUUCACCAGCUCCCUCAGCACUCAUGGGUGCAUCCUGUCAGGGCCCAUGGACUUGUGGAUGUCAGAUUUGUCUAAUUGAUCUCUAACCCAAUCCUCCUCAAACAAGGGAAGGACUUACUUUCUCCAGACCUUCUCCCUGGUCUCCUGGGUCAAGGAUUUCUGACGGCUGACCUUGGCAUUGAAGACUGAAGCAAAGAAGGCAUUCAGUUUCUCUGUGUCCCCUGUUACCAGAGUCAUUCCUGCUCCAUUCAGUAGCAGGCCUACAUUUUCCCUAGUUUUCCAGUUAUUAUUGAUGUAUUUGAAGAAGCCUUUCUUCUUGUCCUUGACAUCCUUCGCCAGAUAUUAUUCUAAAAAGGCCUUGACUCUCCUUGUCGCAUUUCUGCAUACUCUGACAAUGUCCCUAUAUUCAUCCCAAGCAGCCUGUCCCUGCUUCCACCUCCUGUGUAUCUCCUGCUUGUGUUUGAGUUUCAUGUAGGAUGAAUUCCAUUUUUUUGUUACUAUUUGCUACUAAACGUUUCCUUUGUUACGUUUUUGACUGCACCUUACAGAGUGUAACUACAGGCAGCCACUGAGCAGGGAAAGGUCCCUUCUUCUCUCUCUUAAGCCUUCUCACCACUUAAGUCUCUCCCCUUAAGCCUUCUCACCACUUUUCAUCCAUCACUUUUCACAAUUAGAAGGCUGUGUGUAAUCAUUAUUUCUGACUUCAAGAAGGAGCAGGAAUUCAGGGAGGCAACGAAAGCAAGCAGGACCGUCUCUUUAGGAACUCCACGUUGCUUUGGAUUAGGUGUAAUGUCAAGUUGAACCAUAAGGCCCCAAAUUCAUCAUCAUUUCAAACCUAGGUGAUUCUGGGUAAUGUCUGGCAUCCCUAAUGACCUGAUUGAGUGAUUAUAAUUGAUUGAGUGGUUGAGGAGGGUCAGGAGGCUGCCAGUGCUACAUGAUUGGUUUUCAGAGAUGAAAAAUACUUAGGACUCAUUGGUGGUAUCCUGACUGUUGGAUUCUGUAUGGCCUUACAUGUAAUGAAGUACUGUUUUUUAUGAACAUUUUAGGAAGGGGAUAAUUUGAGUCAAUCACAAAGAGGUAAGUAUAAGCAUGAUUGUUUUGUAUACAUUUGCAUUUAGAAACGUGAAACUUUGUAAAAAGAUUUCCAAAGUGCACAGUAUUUUUAAAUGAAAAAGUCAUUGAAUUCAGCCCCCUCAUCAAGAGAGCUUCCAAGAUCUCAUUAGAAUGGUGUGCAGAAAAGUAAAAGAAAUGGCAGUGAUUUUGCAUGAACAAGGUACUGCCUGUAUCACAGCACCUGACACAUGCAAAUCUUGAUAUGGUAUAUUAAAUAUGUAUUGCAUCAGAUUCCUGAGGUGCCCGAUUAGUUUUAAUGUCGGCAGGGUGUGGUUUUCCAGUUGCCUUUUGUUGGUUUCUACAACAAGAGUUCACAUUGCUCGAAGGAGAUGACCUGCAACUUACCCUGUUGGCACCCGGCAUUGUGUGGGCUGCACAGUGAGUGGGAAUCAGCUCACGGAUCCUACGGGAUGCUAAUUUGAGGAGAGAGAGAAGGGAAGAGAGGCAACCUGUUGUGGCACAGUAGUUUGACCUGACCCGCCCCUUCUGGCAGCAACCUGGUUUGCCAAGAUCAGUCAUGAAGCCACAAGGCAAAGUCUUCGCUGAGGCAGAAGCGUUUCACUGCUUGUCUACAGGAUUGAGAGCCUCCAGGGUGUUACAUCAAAGUUUCUGCUUUGGGUUGGAAAUGCUAGCGAAAAAAUAUUGAAAUUAUGUUUAAUAUAUUUUUGAUUAAAAGUGUUCAUUAUAACUG